GGGGGCAGGGGGCGGGUGGGCAGAGAAGGAGCUCGGCGGCGAAGGCCGGCCGCCGCCCCUUCCCCCAACCCCAGCCCGUCCACCUUGGCUUUCUGACUGGGCCCUUCCACCGGCGCGACGAUGGCGACCGCCGGCGACACCGAGGCCGCCGCCGCCUCCUCUUCCUCCUCCUCCUCCUUCUCCUUCUCUUCCUCGACGACUACGGACGCGAACUGGGAGAGCAGCGGCAGCGGCGCCACCGGAGACGACGCGGCGAAAGCGGCGCUUCCGGAGCUUGAGUCGUCCCCACAAGAUGGCGGCGGAAGCGGCCCGGGGCCUGCUGACGAGAAGGCGGCGGCCGAAGCGGCCCCGAGCCCGGGCCUCCGUCACGAGCCGCCUCACGACUGCUCCGAGCGGCUCGCCGCCGCCGCCGCCGCCUCCGUUCCGCCCAGGGCCGCCGAAGAGCCCGAAAGGCCCGUUAGGCGGAGUUUUCAGAUCCCCAGGAAGAGCAGAGAAAAGAAAGCACUUUUCCAGCCAUUAACUCCAGGUUCUCGAGAAUUUGAAGAUGUUUUAAGUAUUCUUCAUUCAUCUUACCUUGAACCAACCUCAGUAACAAAUUUUAACUACAGACGAGCUUGCUUGAUACAUAAUGAACUUUUGGAAAAAGAGUUUACAGAAAAGCGAAGAGAACUGAAGUUUGAUGGUCGUUUAGAUAAGGAACUCUCAGAAUCCUAUGCAUUUCUCAUGGUUGAUCGAUAUCAGGUUCAGAGUAUAUGUGAAAAAGGAUUACAAGUGGGCCAGUCCAAAAUAACCAUUCUUGGCAGUCCUUCCAUGGGUAUCUAUCUUUCUAGAUAUGCUGAUUUAUUACAGGCUAAUCCUUUGGAAGCUGGAGCAGUGGGUGAUGUUGUUAUUUUUAAAAUAAUGAAGGGUAAAAUAAAGAGUGUAUAUGAUCCCAUGAGUGUAAAAAACUUCGAACCUAUGUUAAAUAAAAGUGCUUUGGAUCCCACACCAAAGCAUGAAUGUCACGUGUCGAAGAACGCCAGUAGAAUUACAUCCCUUUUGGCGUACAGAGCCUAUGAGCUUACUCAGUAUUAUUUUUAUGAGUAUGGCUUUGAUGAACUAAGGCGAAGACCAAGACAUGUUUGUCCAUAUGCGGUGGUGUCCUUUACUUACAAAGAUGACAUACAAACUCCAAAGUUUGUAUCUUCUCUGAGAUCUAACAGCUUUAAUGCAGACAGAAACAUAGAGAGAUGUAACUAUACCUUGUGGAAAGGACAACUGUUAAAUAGAGGAAAACUUCUGUGCUACAUUUCUCUGAGAUCAGCCACUCGUGCUUUCUUGCCCAUCAAGCUUCCUGAGAAGUUAGAUGUUGAAACAGUUAUGAGUAUUGAUCAUUUGAAACAGAAAAUCCCCCCAGCAUUGUUUUAUAAAGAAACAUACUUGGGUCCAAAUGAAGUUUUGAAGAAUGGAAUGUAUUGCAGCCUUUAUGAAGUUGUAGAAAAAACAAAAAUUGGAAGUAACAUGGAAAGUUUACUGCAAAAACUGGAGAGGGAAAAACUUGUUCUUGUUAAACCUUUGGGAGACCGAGGAUAUCUUUUUCUUCUCUCUCCUUAUCAGAUGGUUUCUCCAUAUGAACAUCAGACUGGCAAGUCUCGAAUCCUGCAUGCUUUGUUUCUGUUUCAAGAACCUAGGUGCAUAAUUACUUCACAUAAAGGUUCAACCAAUGCAGCACCUCAGGAGAGGCACGAGAGCAUGCCAGAGAUUUUAAAGAUAGCUCAGUUCUUACAGUUCUCUUUGAUUCAGUGUCGAAAGGAAUUCAAAACUAUAAACUCUGUAAAUUUUCAUUCUGUUGUUGAAAAAUACGUAAGUGAAUUUUUUAAGCGAGGAUUUGGUUCAGGUAAACGAGAGUUUUUCAUGUUUUCAUAUGAUUCACGAUUAGAUGACAAAAAGUUCUUAUACUCAGCUCCAAGAAAUAAAUCCCACAUUGAUGACUGUUUGCAUACCUACAUUUUCCAGCCAGAAGUAUAUCAGUUACCUAUUUCUCAAUUAAAAGAGUUAUUUGAAGAAAAUAGAAGGCGGCUACAGUUUAGUCCACUUCCAGACUAUGAAGGUCAGGAAGAAGAAAUGAGUGUAACAAAGAUGAAAUGUGGAAGGCGAAAUAGUGCAAGAGGUGAAAUGAUUAACCCUGAAAAGCAAAAGUCAUGUCAUUCUCUGGAUUAUGAUAAAGAUAGAGUCAAAGAAUUGAUUAAUUUAAUUCAGUGUAAGAAAAAACAUGUGAGUGGGGACACAGACACAGAAGACAUGAAGAGCAAAAAUCUCUUGAAGAGGAAGCUUGAAGAUGUUCCUGAGAACGUGAGAAAGUUUGCUAAAACCAGUAAUUUUUCUGAAAAUUACCAUCUAUAUGAAGAGUCCCCACAGCCAGUUGGCUUACUUGGCCGUGAACCUGACUUAAGAUUACAGCAGCAGGAUACCUGCACCUCUGGUUUUACUGACAUACAUAAGAUUUGCAAUUGGCUGUCAGAAACACUCUCACAUGGACGCCACUCAGAUACAUCCCUAACAGACACAGUCAACAAAGCUUUGGGAUUGAGUACCACUGAUGCCUAUGAAGAUCUAAGGCAAAAACAUGAGUAUGAGCUGAACUCCACUCUAGAUAAGAAAGACUAUGAGCAGUCUACUUGUACAAAAAUUGAAAAUGUACAUUUUAAGGGUACCCCGAGCCCAUUGCUAGAAGCUGAAGCGGCAUCUUUGAAGUAUCCUGCUCUUUCUGCCUGUGAAGUAGGCACUGACCAUAAGCUUCAUUUGAAAGAAGAUCCAAAUUUAAUUGUCAAUAAUUUUGAAGAGUGCAGUUUGUGUCCUACUGUUCCCAUUGAGCAUGGAUUCCAUGGACAACAGUCUAAAUCAAAUGAUGAUGAAGAGACUGAAAUACAUUGGAAGUUGAUUCCAAUUACAGGAGGUAAUACACGAAGCCCAGACGAUCAGCGUGUGAAACAUAGUGACAGACACACACCAGGUGUGAAAUCACUAGAAGAACAACUGCCGUGUCUACCACCGCAGGAGACCUUUCCUAACGACCCUCGAGUAAUAAGCAGAGAACGAAGUUCUGAUUACCAGUUUCCAUCCUCUCCAUUUACAGACACGGUAAAGAGCACCACUGAGGAUGAAGUGUUGGCAGGUCAGGUGUUAACAGUGGAGGAACAGUGUGUGCCAGCAGAAGAACUUCCUCCAGCAAGUGAGGCCACAGAGAAUACAGUGUUAGGAGAGUUCCACCUCUUUUCUAGGAAAAUAGAAGAAAUUUUGAAGCAAAAGAAUGUUUCCUAUGUUAGUAGAAUUUCCACACCUAUCUUUUCCACACAAGAGAAAAUGAAGCGUCUUUCGGAGUUCAUAUAUUCCAAGACUUCCAAAGCUGGUAUACAGGAGUUUGUAGAUGGCUUACAUGAGAAACUGAAUACCAUUGUUAUUAAAGCAUCAGCCACAGGUGAGAACUUGCCACCAGUCAGUCCUAAUGGUUCUGAUACUAAGGUAGCAUUAAAUCCUCUGAGAAGGCGGAUCGUAUCAGUUUCCUCUACUGACUUUAACAAUAAAGACCUCUUUGAGCCACCUUGUACUGAAGCUUUCAAAGAUUCCCAUGAGCAGCAGGCUUCUUCACCUUCAACGGAAGUAGAGAUGAACCAAACACAUCACUGCCCCAAGUUAAUGGUGACUUCUGACCACACUCUACCUGCUGAUACUGUGCCAGAGCCAGUAGAAAAAGAAACACACUCACCCAGUGAUGUAAACAUCUCAACCCAACCAGCUCUUUCCAACUUUAUAAGCCAGUUAGAACCUGAAGUAUUUAAUAGUUUGGUUAAAAUUAUGAAAGAUGUUCAGAAAAACACUGUGAAGUUUUAUAUCCACGAAGAGGAGGAGAGUGUGCUCUCUAAAGAGAUCAAGGCAUAUCUUACCAAAUUAGGUAAUACAGAAUGUCAUCCUGAGCACUUUUUGGAAAGAAGAUCCCAGUUAGAUAAACUACUGAUUAUCAUCCAGAAUGAAGACAUUGCAGGGUUCAUUCACAAGGUACCUGGCUUGGUGGCAUUAAAGAAACUCCCAUGCGUUAGCUUUGCUGGUGUUGAUAGCCUGGAUGAUGUGAAAAAUCAUACAUAUAAUGAGUUAUUUGUAUCUGGUGGCUUUAUUGUGUCUGAUGAAUCAAUUCUAAAUUUAGAGGUUGUCACAGUUGAGAGCCUUAAAAUUUUUUUGACAUUCCUGGAAGAACUUAGUACUCCAGAAGGAAAAUGGCAGUGGAAGAUCCACUGUAAAUUUCAGAAAAAACUAAAGGAACUGGGCAGAUUGAAUGCUAAUGCUCUGAGUCUACUGACCCUUCUGAAUGCCUAUCAGAAGAAACAUCUGGUUGAAAUUCUGUCAUACCACAACUGUGAUUCACAAACUCGAAAUGCUCCUGAAUUGGACUGCCUCAUCAGACUUCAGGCUCAGAACAUACAGCAACGACACACAGUCUUUCUGACGGAGAAGAAUAUCAAGUUGCCUUCAAGUUACACUGACAAUGGAAUAAUAGUUGCAAGUCCUGAAGACUUCAUGCAGAACUUUAAAAGUCUUGUGGGAUAUCACAGCUCAGUCACAGAAGAAGAUCCUCCACUGCUUGGUGCCAGUGAGAAUCUUGAGUCACAGUCAGCUCUUUUAGAAAACGAUGAAAAGGAUGAAGAGGAGAUGUCUCUGGAUUCAGGGGAUGAAAUCUCACAUAUAGAAGUAUUCAACAGUUUGCAUUCAGACAAAAUUACGAAAGAGGCCAAAGGAUCAAGUGGAACAGAUCAAAAACAGAAUGUUCAAAUUGAAUUGCAGUUAUCUCUUGACACGCAAAAAAGUUUAUUAGAAGAUGAGACGUACCAAACUGAUGCUGAAGAGACAGUUCUUGAUGCUGUAGUGCACUCUGAAGGAGAGAAGAGCAAUCCAACAGGACCUGAUGUAUAUAGGAGCUUCCAGGGUUAUCAGAAUCAAUUCAGUGUGCCCUAUCAGUUUAGUCACUUCAAUGUUCUUACUCAUCAGACAUUUCUAGGGAUACCAUAUGCCCUUGCCCCAAAUUUGUAUCAAAAUAAUUACUUUUCAUCUGCUUAUAAAAGCUUGGAUAGAGGUAAUCUCCAUUGAGUUAAGAAACAAUUUUUUGAGGCUAAGUAAAAAAUAGGUUGUUAUGGAUUUUUUUCAGUUUCUUGAAAGUGAAUUAACAAUUUAUAUUUCAUUCUCUAAAGUUUCUAACCCUUUCUGAAAUCUCUCUUCCCUCUUAUUUAAAUCAUGACGUGUAAGCAUCUGAAAAUUCAAAUAAAUAUAUAUUUUUUAACAUAUAUUGUACUUGAAUUCUCCUCUUGGCACCUUUAAGUUUUAUAAUUGUUACUUGUACUUAGGCUUCAAAUUGAAGCCUGAAGUCUGUUUUAUAUGUAAAGUUAGAUGUUUAUAAAAUAGUGAUGGCUUUCUUUAAUGUCAGAUACAGACUACUUUUGCUGAAAUGAAAUGUCACUUAUUUAUUUUGAUUAAAGCCUUUGUAUAGUGUUUUUACACAGGUAUAAGCCAGUGAUGUUAAUAUUUACAGGAUUUUUGGCUCAGUACCUCAAGAUGUACCUGACAAUGUAAUUACAUUCUAGAUAAUAAACAUAUGUACAUAAAACUCA